CUGGGACUUACCGCGCGCGUCUCCAGCUCGGGCGUGGUGGUCCCGACCGUACCCGGAGUCGCAGGGAGUCGCCGCUGGAGAGGGGCUCGGCGCCCAGCGGGGACUGCAGGCGAUGACUCAGGAUGCAGCCAGGGGCCACGACGUGCACGGAGGACCGCAUCCAGCACGCCCUGGAGCGCUGCUUGCACGGGCUCAGCCUCAGUCGCCGCUCCACCUCCUGGUCAGCUGGGCUGUGUCUCAACUGCUGGAGCCUGCAGGAGCUGGUCAGCAGGGAUCCAGGCCACUUCCUUAUCCUCCUGGAGCAGAUCCUGCAGAAAACCCGCGAGGUCCAAGAGAAGGGCACCUAUGACCUCCUCGCCCCCCUGGCUCUGCUCUUCUACUCCACUGUCCUCUGUACUCCACACUUCCCACCAGACUCAGAUCUCCUUCUGAAAGCAGCCAAAACCUACCACCGAUUCCUGACCUGGCCCGUUCCUUACUGUAGCAUCUGCCAGGAGCUGCUCACCUUCAUCGAUGCUGAACUGAAGGCCCCAGGAAUCUCCUACCAGCGACUGGUGAGGGCUGAGCAGGGCCUGUCCACUAGGAGUCAUCGCAGCUCCACUGUCACCGUACUGUUGCUGAACCCGGUGGAGGUGCAGGCCGAGUUCCUCACCGUGGCCGACAAGCUGAGCACGCCUGGGCACUCCCCGCACAGCGCCUACACCACCCUGCUCCUGCACGCCUUCCAGGCCACCUUUGGGGCCCACUGCGACCUCCCAGGUCUGCACUGCCAGCUGCAGUCCAAGACCCUGGCAGAGCUCGAGGACAUCUUCACGGAGACGGCCGAAGCACAGGAACUGGCAUCUGGCAUCGGGGAUGCAGCAGAGGCCCGGCAGUGGCUCAGAACCAAGCUGCAGGCGGUGGGGGAGAAAGCCGGCUUCCCUGGGGCCUUAGACACUGCACAACCUGGCAAGCUCCGUACCAUCCCCAUCCCUGUCGCCAGGUGCUACACCUACAGCUGGAGCCAGGACAGCUUCGACAUCCUGCAGGAGAUCCUGCUCAAGGAACAGGAGCUGCUCCAACCGGGAAUCCUGGGGGACGAGGAGGACGUGGAGACCGAGGGGCAUCAUGCCGAGAGGGACUCGCUGCUCUCCACCAGCUCGGCAGCCUUGCACGACUCCACCCUGUCCCUUGCCUCGUCCCAGGCCUCGGGACCCAGCCUCUCCCACCAGCUGCUGAGCUCCUUCGUCUCGGGCCUCUCUGACGGCAUGGACAGCGGCUACGUGGAGGACAGCCAGGACGGCUCGUUCGAGUGGCCCAAGAGGCCUGGCAGCCAGGAGCGCCGGGCCCACCGCAGGCCCGGGCAGUUCAACAGGAUCUAUAAACUCUUCAAGAGCACCAGCCAGCUGGUGCUGCGCAGGGACUCCCGGACCCCGGAGGGCGGCCCGGACGGCGCCCCGCCCCUGCGGCGGGCCGGCAGCCUCUGCAGCCCCUGCAGCCCCCUGGCCGGCCCGGCGCAGUCCCGGGCCCAGCGUUCCCGCUCCCUGCCCCAGCACAAGCUCGGCUCCCAGCUGCCCGGCUGGGCCCUGGCCCCCGCCUCCCGUCACCAGCGCCGCUGCCCCUUCCUGAGCGGGGACGAGGACCCCGGGGCCUCCACGCUGCGAGUCGUGGUCUUCGGCUCCGAUCGGAUCUCGGGGAAGGUGGCCCGGGCGUACAGCAAGCUGCGGCGGCUGGAGAGCAACCGUCCGCUCCUCACGCGGUUCUUCAAGCUUCAGUUCUUCUACGUGCCCGUGAAGCGGAGCUGCGGGCCCAGCGCCAGCCCAGCCCCUCGGACCCAGACGCCGCCGCUCCCCACAGACUCCCCGAGGCACCCCGGCCCUGCGGAGCUGGGUGCAGCCCCCUGGGAGGAAAGCACCAAUGACAUCUCGCACUACCUCGGCAUGCUCGACCCCUGGUAUGAGCGCAACGUGCUGGGCCUCAUGCACCUGCCCCCUGAAGUCCUGUGCCAGCAGUCCCUGAAGGCUGAGUCCCGGCCCCUGGAGGGCUCUCCUGCCCAGCUGCCCAUCCUGGCGGACAUGCUGCUCUAUUACUGCCGCUUCGCUGCCCGGCCGGUGCUGCUGCAGGUCUAUCAGACCGAGCUGACCUUCAUCACCGGGGAGAAGACGACAGAGAUCUUCAUCCACUCCCUGGAGCUGGGUCACUCUGCUGCCACACGCGCCAUCAAGGCUUCGGGUCCUGGCAGCAAGCGGCUGGGCAUCGAUGGUGACCGGGAGGCCAUCCCUCUAACACUACAGAUUAUUUACAGCAAGGGGGCCAUCAGUGGACGCAGUCGCUGGAGUAACAUGGAGAAGGUCUGCACCUCCGUCAACCUUAGCAAGGCCUGCCGGCAGCAGGAGGACCUGGACUCCAGCACGGAGGCCCUGACGCUAAACCUGACAGAAGUGGUGAAAAGGCAGAACCCUAAAUCCAAGAAGGGCUUCAACCAGAUUAGCACGUCGCAGGUCAAAGUGGACAAGGUGCAGAUAAUCGGCUCUAACGGCUGCCCCUUUGCCGUGUGCCUGGACCAGGACGAGAGGAAGAUCCUGCAGAGUGUGGUCAGGUGUGAGGUCUCCCCCUGCUACAAGCCGGAGACGAGCAGCCUCUGCCCCCCACCCCAGAGGCCCUCCUACCUGCAGGCGCAGACGGCACCCGACCUCUGCUCCCUGCUCUGUCUGCCCAUCAUGACUUUCAGUGGAGCUCUGCCCUAGCGGCCCGGCGCCAGCCUGGACAGCGAGCCCGGGGGCAGCCUCCUCGGAGCCCCUCCCUCUUGGAGGGCCUCGCUCCCCGUGGAGAACUGGACGACCCUAUGCUGGGUCAGGGUCCCGCUGUGGGCCCUGCAGCAGGCAGGGGGCAGGGGUUAGGGGGUUGGUGGCGCCUCCGGGCUCUGUCUGGGAAAGAAACAGGCAUUAGGGGGAGGGGCCUGGCCCUGCAGCCCCUCAGAUCCCUCAGGUAGAAAUGAGAAGGAUGGGCGGGCCUGGCCUCUAGUGUGGUCUAGGAUCCUUUCUAGAAGAAGGAUCUGAGGCUCUGGUGCUCUGGGGUGUGGUUUAGGCCUCCUCCCCCAACCCUUGGCCAGGCCCACCCCUUACUUUGUCAGGGACUUGGGGAGCCCUUGGAGUCUGGGAUUUCAGUCCCCCUACUCAGGGGUUCAGGUGGUAGAAACGCAGAUGCGACUCUUCUGACCUCAGUGCCGUCGCCCCCCUCCCACGCCCCUGUCCCCCCCACACACACACACACACACCCCCUUUCUCUCUCUCUGGAGCCUCUUUCUGGAUCGAGAUCCUUGGGAGACAGGACGAGCUUAGAUUCAGUGGCGGCUCAGUUACCUUCUAGCUAAAUGACCAGAAGGAAGUGAAUUAGCUUCUGCGAGCGUCCCUUUCCUGAGCGCUGAGAUGGGGGAUACAAGACCUCCUUAAAAGGCUGAGACAAAAUUGUCUGCAAAGCGCCUGGCUCAGCCGCAGGCUCAUAGCAGGUCCUCAGUAAAGGUCAGCGGCGUCGCCCCUCCAGCCCUGACUCACCUGUCGGGCGGGGGCUGGGGAGGGGAUGCUCUCGCUGCUCUCGCGAUGCUCUUCAUUCCCUCCUUUCCAAUUCACCGAUGGGGCAGGACCCAGACCGAGGGGGUAAGGAGCCCUCAGUUCUACCCUCCGAAGGAGGAAUUGCCUUCGCCAGGGUGAGAGGAGGGUUGCACACGUGCCUUCACCUCCUCGUCUCCCAGGUUGGCCCCUGUGCCCCACUUCCCACCUCACUCCAUUGUGUGGGAAAUCUUCCAGCCCCACAGUUCACUGGCACCAUUGUGCCUGGGCAAGUUCCCAGAGGAGUAGAGGAUGGACAGCUGAGGGGAAGACGGCUGAUACAACGUGAGAGCCCAAAGUUUUAACUACGGGGUUGCAGUGGUUUGAGAAGCUGGAAGCUGAUGUGGGCUAGGAUGGUAGGCGGAGGGCGGGCCCAGGCCCGGGAUUUGGACUCGUAGAGGUGGAGAAAGUCACCACGGAAGCGAGACAAUUGUAUUCCGCACAGAACCCCUCCUUCCCAUCCUGCUCCGGCUUCAUCUGCUCCGAAGGUUCUGGGCUUCCAGGAGCCCACGAAAGCCCAGCCCAGAGUACUCAGGACUUGAGAGAAGUGGUCAGAGCGUCUCUGACCACAUGUGGUCCCCCGUCUGCUGUCAAGGCCAUCUGUCCUUGCUUCAGGCGCCAGACAGUGGCUGGCAGUAUACCUUCAAUAUUUUUUGUUGUGUGAGCUGGUUGUCUGAGAGUUGUUCAAGAAUAGACGAGUGGAAUUUAAUAUUAUUGUCAAAUAAAACUUGAUUCCUCUUGGA